CUCUCUCUCUCUCUUUCUCUCUCUCCCUUCAUAAAUUCAACUCAAAUUCACUCUCAUUCCGAAUUUCAUUUCACUGUAAUUUCAAAUCCCCCACACACAAACACACUCUCUCUCUCUCUCUCUCUCUCUACCAUGGCGAUCGAGCUUUUACGCUCUUUUUCUCUCUCUUCUCCUUCAGGUUCUUGCUCGGUCAAGAAGGCCGUCUCUGCCUUUGUCUUCGCUUUCCGUUUCCUCUUCGCAGAUCGAUGAAUGUGCGUGCAUAACAGAGUUCCCGUACAGUCAAUUAGGGUUUUCAAUGGCGCUUCUCGGCGUAUUCCAUACUCACCAUUUUCAAAUCUAUUGGGUGUCUUUCAGAUUUUUUUCCCUGUUAAUUAAAGCAUGUGCGGUGGCCCGGCGCAUUUAAAUCCCCAACCGGUUCUUUUAUCUUCCUCAGAGAGUGAAUCUUUAACUAAAGAUAUGAAUAAUCCUGCUGGAGCAGUUGAAUCUGAGCUUUCUGUCUCAAUAUUACUUGAGCUUGCUGCAAGUAAUGAUGUGGAGGGUUUUAAGCAAUCUAUGUGUAAGUGUAAUGCUUCUGUGAUUGGCGAGAUUGGAUUAUGGUAUGGUCGGCAGAGGUUUUCAAAAAGGAUGGUUGUUGAGCGUAGAACUCCACUAAUGGUUGCUGCUAAAUAUGGUAGUAUUGAUGUUGUGAAACUAAUUCUUUCUCAGUCUGAGGUGGAUGUAAAUUUCUCUUGUGGACUGGACAAGAGCACUGCCCUUCACUGUGCUGCUUCUGGUGGGUCUGUUGGGGCUGUAGAUGUUGUUAAGUUGCUUUUACAAGCUGGUGCUGAGCCUAACACUACUGAUGCAUAUGGGAAUCGACCAUUUGAUGUUAUUGUGGCUCCUGCCAGUCUAACCAAUUUGAAGCUGGCCCUUGAAGAGCUUUUAAGAACUGAUGCUUCUUCUUGUCAGCAGGAUCCACAGGUUUCAAGUGUUGAUUUGAGAUCCAGUUCUCCAUCCCUCCCAUCAUCCCCAGAAAAUAGUUCAUUGUCCUCUCUCUCAAAUUCAAUAUUGUCUCCUGUAAAUUGUAAGCCUAUGAAUGUUUUGUCUGUACCAGAGAAGAAAGAAUACCCAAUUGACCCAUCUCUUCCUGACCUCAAAAGUAGCAUUUAUGCGAGCGAUGAGUUCCGUAUGUUCUCAUUCAAGAUCCGACCUUGUUCCCGAGCUUAUUCCCAUGAUUGGACUGAGUGUCCUUUUGUUCAUCCAGGUGAGAAUGCCAGGAGAAGAGACCCAAGGAAGUACCACUAUAGUUGUGUGCCAUGUCCAGAGUUUCGAAAGGGGACCUGUAGACGGGGAGAUUUGUGUGAAUAUGCUCAUGGGGUGUUUGAGUGUUGGCUGCACCCAGCACAAUACAGGACUCGACUUUGCAAGGAUGGGACGAGCUGCACACGACGGGUUUGCUUCUUUGCCCACACACAUGAGGAACUGCGACCCCUUUAUGUGUCUUCUGGAUCUGCAAUGCCUUCCCCUCGAUCAGCUGCUUCUGCUGCUGCUGUCAUGGAUAUGGCAGCAGCCUUGAACAUGUUUCCUGGCUCUCCCUCAGCGGCGUCUGCUGUGUCACCUUCUCCAUUUUCUCCAUCCAUGUCUCCUUCUGGUAAUGGUAUUUCACAUCCAUCCAUGGCUUGGCCUCAGCAGAACAUCCCGACUUUGCAUCUUCCAGGCAGCAAUCUACAAACAAGUCGUCUGAGAUCUUCUUUCAAUGCAAGAGACAUUCCCUCUGAGGAGUAUAAUAUGUUGCAGGAUUUUGAAAUGCAGCAGCAACAGCUCUUUAAUGAUUUGACUUGUCUCUCGCAGCCUCACAUCAGUAAUUCCGGUGCCAAUCUUUCUGUCCGUUCAAGAACCCUGACACCCUCAAAUCUAGAUGAACUGUUCUCUUCUGAGCUCUCAUCUCCUAGAUAUUCUGAUCAACUUGCGGCUUCAUCUGUUUUCUCUCCAUCACACAAAUCUGCGCUUCUUAAUCAAUUCCAGCAACAGCAAAGCAUGUUAUCUCCAAUUAAAACUAACGUGUUCUCUGCAAAGAAUGCAGACCAUCCUCUCUUGCAGGCUUCAUUUGGUGUUUCCUCACCAGGGAUGAUGUCUCCUCGGAGCAUUGAGCCUCUGUCCCCUAUGGGUUCUCGGCUCUCUGCGCUUUCUCAUCGUGAUAAGCAGCAGUUACAAUUCCGCAGCUUCAGCUCAAGGGAUCUUGGAUCCAACCUCCCACAUGAUCUUGGAUCUAACAGUGUUGUUGGGUCCCCCAUGAAUUCUUGGUCAAAUUGGGAGUCCCACAAUGGGAAAGUAGAUUGGUCAGUUCAAGGAGAUGAAUUAGGGGGGUUACGCAAAUCAUGUUCAACUGCACAUAAUGGAGAGGAGCCUGAUGUUUCAUGGGUUCAAUCACUGGUGAAAGAAUCACCAUCUGAAAAUGCAGCUGUUCCAGUAUCUGGCGCGGCACCUUCUGUUCAGGGUUCUGAUUCUAAGCCCCAAAGUGAAUCAGCGUGGCUUGAGCAAUUGAAACUCGAUCAGAUUGUUGCUUAGUGAAAAUGAAAUCAUUUUUACUGAGCAUGAGGUAGUUAAAACUGAAUUAUUAAUUCUUUUAGUUGUUAGGUAACUUGGGAGUUAAGAAGUUUACAGCAACAAUUGAAGGAAAAGGAAGGACGAAAGUCUCUGAUAAAUAUUGUUCAGUUCUCCAUUUAUUGUGGCAUUACAGAAGUCAGGAAGGGAUGAGAAACCUUAUCUGGGUUAUUUCGCAAUGACCCUGCCCAGUUUAGGUAAUUCUCUUUUCAUAUUUAUCAUAACCUAGGUCUAUUUUUUCCUUAAAUUAUUUUGAUUUUAUAAUAGGUUACUUGUUUACUAGAUGAUAACUAAACCUUUGGGGUUGUUGUCCCCAUUUCUUUUAUUCCUUUUGUGUCUAAUUAUUGUAAUUUGUAAUGGAGUUGGGGGAUUUUUUUUGUAAUGCUUUAACUAGGUCCUUAUUGGGAGACAAAGCACACAUUUAUUAAGAAAUAAAAAAAGAAAAGAAAAUGGUGUUGCUGAUGUGUUCCAUAUGUGGAUGGAGUAUUCUGGGAAGAAAAAUAGUGACAGGACAAUAGGGCAUUUGGUUCUUAGAUGAUGAUAAUGAUGUAACAUUAAAUUUUAAAGUUUUAUAAUUUUGUCAAAA